UGUGCUCGGGCUCGGUAGUGCAAGAAGAACUAGGUUCCGCCAAUUUCGGGUUUAUAAUUGCUUUUCUGUUUUUACUGUGGAAGGCAACUUAAAUCUGGACUGAUAGCUACGACUAAGCGUAAACUGUGUUCCAAAUGGGUUGACGGUAAGUGACACGCCCUGCAUCUACUGUACUCGUAUAAGGAAAUCAUUGUUGGCAAAUGUCACAUAAGGCUGAAUGGCCUCUAUGGAGAGGAAGCAUGAGAUCUGCAGCCCCUUUAUUCCAAGGCGCAACGCUUUAAGGAAAACUAGUGCAGAAAUAGUCAGUGAAGCCAGACAGUUUCUACGAGUCCAGUCCACCCAGCGACCGCUGACGCCCAGAGAUGGACAAAGGCAACUGUUUGGAAAAAGCUCUGUCCGUGCAGACCAUGCCAACAGACCUCCGUCCACCUUUAGUCUUCAUUUUGAUGCUCCUGACUCAAGACCGGGUUCAGGGACUCGUCUCACUCCACUGGACCAUAAGCCAAAGUUUCCAGUCCCCUGUGAUGAUGAGGAUCUAUUCAAGGCCAUUCCCAAACCCCCCACUGACCCUCUGGAAGGAAAGAGGGGGGUGGCGGGGGCACGACCACGUCUCCGCAGGGCCGGAUCUCUCACCAGGUUGCCUCCUGUAGAUGUACAAACAGAUGUGAGAGACAGAUCAAACCCAGGGCCAGGACAAAAGCAGCUGUCAGCUAAAAAACUCCCCGCAGACCACGCCGAGGUCCGAGGUUCCCACAAGCCUGGCCCACGCCGAACAGCUAGUGAAAGUAGAAUAAGGCAGCUUGAUGUUGACUCAGGACCUGGACCUACAGAGUGCAAAGGAGGACGGAGAACAGAGCUGGGGAACAGAGACAACACCACAAGAGCAGACGAGGAAGCAGAGUCAUUGUUCUGGAAUAAUACGGUUGCUCCCCUUCUCAGACAGCUGGAAAGUGUGGCUGCAGGCAGCUCUGAGGGUGCGGUGGACCGCCUGUGUGAUUUGUGCGACGGCCUCCAUGGCACCUUGGCGAACGCGGACAUGCUCGGCCGACGCUGUAAGAGGAGGUCGGGGAUUCUCCGGACGCUGUUCCGCCUCAUCGACGUGAAGUCUGCCCGGCUCAACCUGCAUAUCGCCAAGCUCUGCCUUGCUAUGUGCGUCAGUGGCAACAACCUGCUCAACAUCUGUAAGCUUGUCUUCCAAAUCAGCCGCAGCGAAAGCAACGACAUGCUCUUCGAGAACAACUCCAUCAUCGACUCGUUGCUGGCUGUGCUGAGCAGUGAGGAGGUGUCCACAUCUGGAGAAGCUCUGCUUUACUGUGUCGGCACUCUGAAGUUUCUCUCAGGAAACAGUGCAAUCCUAAAACUGCUACUGGACAAGAACUGUAUCGGCGUGUCUCAGAUUCUGAUCCAGAGGCUUCACACAGUGGAGGAGUCCCAUUUCACUAUUGCAGGACACAUACUCGUACAGCUGACAGCGACCCUGAGGAGCCUCGCUGACCAUCCAGAUUCCCGUUCCCUCUUUGUGUCCUUCUCGAUCCUGCCAGAACUCUGCGUGGUUCUGCGUCAUCACUGCAAAGACCAGGACAUCUGUACCAACAUUUCCAGGAUAUACAGCAAACUCUCCUCUUACUCUGAGUGCCGCCUCGCUCUGGCCCAGACCCCCGACUGCUACCAGCUAUUUUUAGAUUUGCUAAGUAAACAUCACCAAAAGCAGGACCUGGUCGUGCGCCUGCUUUUCACGCUGGGGAACCUCACGGCUAAAAUGGACGAGGCUCGGCGGCAGCUCUUCCAGUGCCAGGGCUGUGCAGACACGCUCCUCCGGCUGUACGACAGCUAUCAGCGGAGGCGGAGGGAGGACGUCCCGCCGCCCAGCACGCCUCCCGCUCCACCUGAACGCGUGCAGGAUGAUGUGCUGGUGAAGCUGGUGAGGGUGCUGGCCAACAUGUGCAUCCACCCGGCUGUCGGUCCAGCACUGGCAAACAAUGCAACCUGCAUUCAGCUUCUGAUGGAGACUCUUGAGUUGAGGUCCGUGCAUGAGAGCGAGGAGCUGCUGGUGAAUGUAGCCGCCACCAUCAACAACCUGUCUUUCUACCAGGACGACAGCUCUGCAAUCAGCCACAGUCAACUCAGCAUCGCGCAGUUGAUGCUGAAGCUGGUCCUCAGCUCCAGCAUGGACGCCAUGCUGGAGGCCACCCGCGUGUAUGGAAACCUGUCACAGUCCAAGGAUGUGCGGGAUGUUAUCAUGCAAAACAGAGUGUUCCAGUUUGUGGUGACGCUGCUCGACUCAAAAAGCACCGAGAUGUGUUUCUCAGCCUGCGGGGUCCUGACUAACUUGGCUCUGGACCCUCCCAACAGGGUCAGUCUCUCACUAGAGGGGGCUGCGACCAAGCUGGUUGACUGCCUGAGAGACCUCGGAGCAGGUGACUGGCAGCUAGCGGGGCAGGUUUGUCAGGCCUUGUGGAAUAUGAUUGGCGGAGGAGCCGAGAAGCUGCUGGACGCACAGGAGAGCGAGGCCCUGCUGGAGAUCCUGUCUACUUACUUGGAUAAAGAAAAGGCCCUGAAAUGGAUAGAAAAUGAAGAUGUGAAGGACUUUCACAGAGCAUGCUGGGAGUUGGAGUUCCUACCUGUAGCCCAAAAACUAAUGAAGUCCCUGACAGCCUGACAUGAAGACGUUCAGAAGCUGCUGGACACAGGAGAGAGAGCUAAGUUAAGAGGUUUACUGCAUGCAGAGGUUAUAUAUCGAUCCACAUACAGUAAUAUAUGUCAAACAAUGACCUGCAGUUUAAGGUGGUUGUGCGGUGAAGUCAAUUCAGCGUGAAGUCGUGUGACUUACAGCUGAGUCACUUGUGGAAAUCAGUGGGAAAACUCCCUCAUGUAGCCUCAUCCAUCCAUGACCUCACGCUCUGGUCUGCAUUUUGAUUAAAACCAAGUUCAAGCUGACAGUUGAUGCUAUAAAACUUUUACAGCCUGUCGUCAACAGGUCAUUUGUGCUUUUGGUCAAUAGAUUUUAAUGUAAUUAUGCAAUAUAAACUAAACAGUCUAAGUGGAUAAAAAGCUAGAAAAUAUGUGUGGAUAUGAGAAUUACUACAUUGUUUCUAGAUUGUUUUUGUUGCGGUGGCUAAAUUAUUAUGUUGUUUAUUUAUAUUCUUGACUCCUUUUAUUUGUUCAGUUUUUACUUUUAACGCACUUUAAUUUUCACACUCAUUAAUCUUGAAGACCUCAUUUCAGAUUCUCUCACCUGUACAGACGUAAUACAACACUUGGUGCAAGCGCUGACCUCUUGUACCACAGGCUUGAUCUGUGUAAAGACAGCUGGUAGUUUCCUGGAAACGAGGUUGGCCUCGUCCUAAUAAAUGCGUUAGCUGUGCUCAUGCGCAACUUUUACAAAACAAGGCAUUUCUUUGUUCCAGGAAACUUCUCUGGACAUUACUUUAAAAUCUAUCGGACUUUAAAGACCCAUAAAACACAAGCAUUACCAGGUAGUUUCACGAUAGCGUAAUCUUGAAAAGAGAUGACUACAUGGAACUGACCUCAUGAACAGACCUUUUACUGUCGGUUUACUGUGACUUGUGCAUAAUAAAAAAAUAACGUGUUUUGCUUGAGAAAGCCUUUAUUGUUGUACAGAUAUGGGGCCAGGCUGUGCUUACAAGUUACACCAAGUAGCCUAAAGUACAGCUUUUCAAAAGUCACAUCAUUAUUACACUGAAACAAAGAACCGGCUCUUAAUGUAACCCCCCCCCUUAGAUUUCACACAAGUGACCUUAAACACAAGCACAAAACAACCCAAGCCGUCAGCCUGAGCUGAGGACAGACAUUGUUCUCUACAUAGACAUUCUCAGGUUGAUGUGAGAGACAACUGGUUUUCCACAAUCCUUUCACCGCCGCGUACUGUAUGAUCAGAGCCACUGAUAUCUGAAGGCAGUGCGGUCACUGGGCUUCUGCUGGUGAUUGUGUGGUGACAGACAGGCUGAAUGCCGUUCAGACGCACCGCCGGCCUCGUGGGAACAGUUACACUUAACUCGGGAGCAAAAGGACGAAGAGGUAGGGUGUCACAGGACCUCCCCUCAUCUCCAACCAAAUGCUGGUCAAGACCAAAAGGAGACUUUGACCUCGAUCGCACCACAGAAGCAGAGGCCGUGAUGUGAUUCCCAGUGAGUCAUACGGGUCUCAAGCUCAUACAGUAAAACUAAAUUCCCAGAACCCACAGAUGAGACUACACUAGUUCCCUGUGGUCAGUUUACUGUUAAGGAAGUCAGCGUUAACGCAUACUGGGGAUAAGAUUGUUAGAAUAACACCAUGUCCAAAAUGAUUGAUCCUCUUCACAACGCUAAAACAUGCUGUCUAACUCUAACGAGCACGGCUCGUUUCCUGUACUUGAGCAUCUGAAGAGUGGAACUUAGCUGAUGGUGACACUGAUCGAGCCAUGACUGAUUCCUAAAAGGUGUCGGGAUCUCCCACUUCUAACAUAUUUGAUGAAGAAUGAACCGGUUCGGGAGAAAGCUACAAAUGAUACACAAUUCAAUAUCAUAGUUUUAUUUUUUUCAACGUUUUCAUAUUUUUUUUCAUAUAAAAACAUGUCAGUAACUGACAUCAGUCAGAAGUUUGGAAAAAAAAAUCUCCACUUCCUCUCAAAACCACGUCCAAAUGUACCAUCGUCCUCGUCCUCCUCGCGGAGACGGCACUCAUUCAUCUGUCUGAGUCUCUCAAACCAACCUCAGAAGAAUGCACUACUAAUGGAUUUAGUAAACAAAAACAAAACAGCAGAGGUCUCGCACCCCUGUUCAAAAAAACAGAAGCUGCUUUGCACUGGUUAGAUUCCCCCUGAGAGGAAAUAAGCACAGCUACAACCUUUUGCGCUCAACGGUGUGGACCGCCGCGUUCCGACCAACGGGAACGCGGCCGCCCGGAAACAGUCCCUGCUCUAAAGAGCACUUCUUAUGAUUCAUGGAGAAAAACAGAAGAGGUAUUCAUUUACUGGUAAAUUCACAUCAACCAGGCAGCUGGGACGAGCGGAAGACAGAGAAGGUGUGGUUGGAACAACCGGAAGCCAGUCCCACCUGUUGAACCUGGAUCCCAACGCUUUGAUUACCUUUUCUAUUUGUCCCCUGCACAAUUACCAGAAAUAUAAAGAUAUAAUCAUCAACCGAUGAACGGUCAUCUCACAAUAACAGAGAGCUACAGCAGAAGCAAGAAGUCUUUCCUUCAAAGUGCCUCGCUUUUUUUUUUUUUUUUGACACAUGAAAUUUUUCAGACCUUUUAUCUCCAUUAUUCGUGUGAAACACCAACAUUCACACCCCAGUCAUCAUCAACACAGGACACAUCCACACACGUACAGUCAAAGUCUAAACGGGCUCAGACAGUGUUCUUUGAGUUUCUUCCCAACACCUGUAUGGUAUUCACACACUCCUUGGGUUAGCUUACAUCGACAUUAGAGGUUUGGGGGUGGGGCCAUAAGAAAAGAGGAGGGGAGUAAUGCAGUGGAUUUCUAAUGGACAGGGGCUUAGAGGACGGGAGGGGGGUCGGGGUGAUUUGGGGAUCAAUAUGAUCCCACUGAAUACAACAUGGGAGCAGCAGCAGCAGCACGUGUGAACACUGUGCUGGAUAGUUCAGGCACACAUUAAAAAAAAAAAAAAAAAACAA